AAAUCAAUACAGAAAGGAAAACAGUCGGUUAGCUUUGUGCUAGCUAGUGACCGGUAAACCGAAAACGGAAAUGAUGUUGGGAUUUCUCUCUUGCUGAGACGUUGAUGUUGACAAUUUUCAAACGGGUGACACGCCGACUGUUUAAAGCUUCCACGUUUAAAUUGCAAGUUACCGAGCUGUUUUUUGUUUGAACAUUUUUGGCAACAGAUUUUUAUUUAUUUUUGUAGAUUUUUAUUAUUAACUGGGAGUGUUUGCAGUGGCUAGUUGGCUAGCUGAGGGAAGAAAUGGUGGUUUUCAACUGCCGGGAGUGAGCUAACUAGUUAACCUAACACGCCAGUUGGCUUUUUAUUUUAACGGUAACUAGUUUAACGCUAGUGUCAUAUAUUGUUAAUGCCUUUAACAACAUUAUUACUGUAGUAUAAUGUACUGGUGUCACCGCUCCCCUCCUGUAUACAGUAUAUUUAUUGUGUUUGUGAGCUUUCUGUGCGGUUUGUUUACCAGCUGUGUGAAAUGUAGCAUCAGGUGUGUGACGUCAGCUGGACCUGGACAGGUAUGAAUGCUGCAAAGAGAGAAAUCAAAGUAAAAAGAGUUUCCUCAAGAAAAAGGUCGAGAGACAUCCUGAAGACUCACCUGACACCUGCCAGAAAGAGAGGAGGAGGAGGAGGAGGAGGAGAGCAAUGUCCCAGAAACUGGAGGCUCAGCAGCAUCAUGGCUGAUAUAAAAGCUGUUGAGUACUGCAGUGACAGUGAGGACUUAUUUGGGGACUAUGACAGCAUCUUGGAGGACAGCUCUCUCUUGGCAAAGCUGGACGAUGCAGAGCAAAACGAAAGGCAGCGUGACCUCCAGACCGAAGCUGUGGAUCAGCGGGACUUCACGACUCUGCGUCCAUCGAAAGACGGCGAGGACAUCCUCACAGACUCCAUCUUGGACGGCCUCGGAGACGAACCCUUCGAGGACUUACCGGCCAGCCAGCUGGACUUUCAAGAACGAGUUCAUGAAAAUGCAAAGAGGAGCAAACUGCAGGACGGAGAUAAAACCUCUACACCUUUUAGAAACUCUGACGUAGACAGAAACACGGAGGAUAAAACCAAGAGACAGAUGAAGGCGAGGAGGAGCGUGACCGACCAGCUGAAGAGGACGAUGCUCUGCAACGCCGCCGCUCCCUCCGAGGUUUCUCGCUCUGUGGUGCUGAAAGAAGCGGUGGUUUCUGAGGAGAUCAACGUCGCCAUGCAGGCCAUAGAGACUGUAUCUGCUCAGACAACCGACCUCGGACCUUUCUUUGGACUUCCCACCAAAGUGAAGGAACUCAUCUACAAACUGAGAGGAAUCAAGAGCCUUUAUGAUUGGCAGGAGACGUGUCUGAACCUGGACUGUGUUCAUCAGAGGAAGAAUCUGAUCUACUCGCUUCCCACCAGCGGAGGGAAAACUCUUGUCGCAGAGAUCCUCAUCCUCAGAGAGCUGCUGUGCAGGAAGAAGGACUGUCUGUUCAUCCUACCGUACAUAUCACUGGUGCAAGAGAAGGUACGUGGGUUAGCGAGCUUUGGCCUGGAGCUGGACUUCAUGGUGGAGGAGUACGCUGGCAGCAAGGGCAAGUUUCCUCCAGUGAAGAGACGAAACCAGAGGUCUCUGUACAUCGCUACAAUAGAAAAAGCUCACAGCCUGGUCAACUCUCUGAUCGACACCGACAGGCUGGAUAACCUCGGGCUGCUGGUGGUCGAUGAGCUUCACAUGCUGGGCGAUGGCAGCAGAGGGGCUGUUAUUGAAAUGACUCUGGCUAAAGUUCUGUAUAUGAGCAAAAUGACUCAGAUUAUUGGAAUGAGCGCCACUCUGGGAAACAUCAAAGACCUGCAGACGUUUUUGAGGGCUGAAAACUACACUAAUGACUUCAGACCUGUCCAGUUGAAAGAAUAUGUGAAACUAAAAGACACCAUCUAUGAAGUGGACCCAAAAGAUGAGGAAUGUUUUAGAUUCUCACGUCUUCUCAACUUCAAGUACUCCAGCGCGAUGCAGAAGAUCGACCCGGAUCACAUCAUCGCUCUGGUGACUGAAGUCAUCCCAACACACUCCUGUCUGGUCUUCUGUCCCACUAAGAAGAACUGUGAGAACGUGGCAGGAAUGAUCUGCAAAUACCUGAAAGAGGAGUUUCUGCGGCACCGGGAGGAGGAGAAGGCCGUCCUCCUCAGAGAGCUGAAGGACAGCGGGAACGGCUCGGUGUGUCCGGUGCUCCGGAGGACGGUACCGUUCGGUUUGGCCUAUCACCACAGCGGGCUGACCAGCGAGGAGAGGAAACUGGUGGAGGAGGCCUACUCCAACGGCGUGCUGUGUCUCCUCACCUGUACGUCCACGCUGGCUGCAGGCGUCAACCUACCCGCCCGCAGAGUGAUUCUGCGCUCGCCGUACGUGGCCACAGACUUCCUGAAGAGGAGCCAGUACAAACAGAUGGUGGGACGAGCCGGGCGAGCGGGAAUCGACACCGAGGGAGAGAGCAUCCUCAUCCUGCAGGACAAAGACAGGACCACGGCUAAAGGUCUGCUUUGCGCCCCGAUGGAGAACUGUUACAGCAACCUGAUGCACGACGAAGGGAAAGGCCUUCUGAGUCUCAUCCUGUCCCUCGUCGGGUUAAACAUCGCUGGCUCGGUGGAUCAGGUGCGGGACUUCCUGUGCGGGACGCUGCUGUACGUCCAGCAGAAGCAGCUGUGUGCGGAGAAGAGUCUGUGGGACGUCGUUCAGCACUGUGUCGACCAGCUGAAGGAGAAAAACCUCAUCACUGCUGCUGCUGCAGACGCACACGGUGAAAGUCUGCAGGUCACCAAGCUGGGAAAAGCUACGUAUAAAGGCUCAGUGGAUCUGACUCACAGUGACGAGCUGUACCAAGACCUCUCUAGAGGUCUGGAGGGUCUGCUGCUCAACAGUUACCUCCACCUGGUCUACCUGGUCACGCCGUACGACAUGAUCUCACAGUGCCAGCCCGACUGGAUGAUUUACUUCAGACAGUUCACGCUGCUGUCUGCUGCGGAGCAGAAGAUGUCCGGAGCCGUCGGAGUGCCGGAGAGCUUCGUCGCUAGAAAGGCUGCAGGUCAGACGGUGAAAAAGAGCGUGAACCUGGUGGCGGUGAGGCGGAUGUAUCUGGCUCUGGUGCUCUUCUCUCUACUGAAGGAGACGAACCUGUGGAGCGUCGCCGACAGGUUCCAGCUGAGCCGAGGCUUCAUCCAGACGCUGCUCAGCUCCUCCUCGGCCUUCUGCUCCUGCGUGCUGCACUUCACAGAGGAGCUGGAGGAGUUCUGGCCGUUCAAAGCUCUGCUGACGGAGCUGACGCGCAGGCUGAGCUACUGCGUGAAGGCUGAACUCAUCCCUCUGAUGGAGGUGGCCGGAGUCAUGGAGUCAAGAGCGAAGCAGCUGUACAACGCUGGUUAUAAGACGCUGACUCACCUGGCGAACGCUGACCCCGCCGUUCUCUCCAAGACGAUAGAAAACCUCUACAAGAAACAAGCCGUCCAGAUCGUGGCCUCGGCUAAAAUGCUGCUGAAUGAAAAAGCGGCGGCGCUUCAGGAGGAAGUGGACGACCUGCUGAUGAUGCCGACAGAUUUCCCCUCAGCAUCACAAACACGACUCACCUGAGUUCAUUUAUUACCGAGAAGUUUUAUUCUCUUAAUAAACUGCUGAUUAUUUCAUUGUGUCGUUGGAAAUAAAUAUUAUUAUUAUUAUUGUUAUUAAAAUAAUGUACAAGAACGA